CCACAAAGAUAAACAACUCUUGAUAGCCCUUAUUUGAUGAUACCGAUAUUACAACACUUUGAACUAUCUCUCCGGAAGUACUUGUCUAAAACAAGAUCUUCACUUGCUCCGUACGCAACCCCCACCAUCUUCUCUUUUACCAUAGUGAGUCUCCAUAUAGUCAGCCCUCCCAUUGAAAAAAUAUUAUAUAAGAAUGAUUCUGAGCAACUACAACUUCUUUAAAGUUUUCUAAGUACCUACCAGAAUAAACAAUAACAAGCAACAAGAUGAUGUUGGGUGGUCUUUUUGGUCUUGCCGGCAACAAGCGCCUUCUUCUUCUUCUUCUUCUACUGCUGACGCUUCCUCUAGUGCGCCAGAGUUGGUUCUCAAAAAGCGGAAGAUCGUGCAUAUACCAUCUGCCGACAAGCCCUCUCAAUUGUGGGUAGAAAAGUGUCGACCACUCUAUCUCGACAAAAUGGACUUGCGCUCAGAUUUCAUGGAAAUAGAAAUAGUGCUGGACGCGAAAAGGCCCACAAAGUUGCCCCAUCUACUGCUCUAUGCCCCGAGCGGAGCAGGGAUGAAGAUGGUGAGGGUAUAAGUGGAUUAGUAGGGAACGAUUUUGGAUAGACGCGCAUCGCUAACGAAAUUCGAGAUCUGCACGAAAAGCUCCCUCUACCAUCUGGAGACCAGCCUUAGUCAGUGACGUCCGAUUCAGAGACGUCAAGGUGGUGAAAAGUUUGUUGAAAGACUCGCACUGAAUCAUAUUCAGCGAAUUAAGUGUUUUCUUAUCUUGGUUAAAACUAACAACAGCAGCUAUCAAUAUGCUGUGAAGAUCUCUAUUGUCAUGAUAAAUGCUUAAAUAAAUCAUGAAAAAGUAACUCACUGCGUAGUUGUAUGCACCAUACUAGAGGGGGGCAACCAAUUAGCACCAAUCGUCAAAGUGUUGCUCCAGAGAGCAACACUUUGACGAUAUUUAUAGUCUAGAAUAUGAAAAUUAUUGACAGUACAAAUUUGAUGACUUUUUUUAUUUCGGGAUAACAUGACACUCAUAUAUAAUGAAACAACGUGCAUACAAAUACGAAGUUAUGAUAGAUUGUAAGUUUUUGCAACCGUUGUGCACUAUUUCGAUUUUUUUUAGCAGCUGCAGUAGUACAAUAACCACGCAGCUGGUCGACUAUACGUUCUUACAGAACUGUGAAAAUAGGGCCUCUGGGUAGAGCUGGACAGUGAAAAGUAUGAGUAUGAAACUAUACUUGCUUGCGAAAUCAACAUUAAUAAAUGUAGAUGAACAAAUCGAUGGCAUUCUUGGCACCUGCACUAUUCCUUGUAUGUAGCUGCUAUCUAUUUACUCUUGUAGCAGUAGUAUUGUUUCUUGUUUUUACCUUCUUAGUUCUCUUGCUUAGAAGCAGAAGUAUGACAUUGAGUUAAAGUCAAAUUUUAGGUAGAUAGUCCUUUCUCGUGAAGCUUGUCGACUAAUAUUAUCCAUCUUUUUCUCUCAUGUUUAAUUAUCCGGAGAAACGUCGGUCGUAUCGUAAAACAACAUGUGGUCCUCGCAUAUGCGAACAUGAACAAGAAGAGAAAAGAGAAUCAAAGCAUAGAGGCGAUGUCCGUUCGCCGGUUCGUUAUUGCUGAAAUGGCC